UUUAUCGGUCCGUUGUCAAUAUGAACACUAAAACUUUUGGUUUUAAUGUCGCUUCUGAUAUUGCUACUUAUCCAACACAUGUUUAAUUCAGUGCCUUGCCAGAACUCGUGAUAUACGGAUUUCAACCGAAAAAUCGAAAAACGUUAUCCAGAUGGUUUAGUAUAGUAGUGUUGAUCUAUCGGCUAAGUAGGAAGGAACGAUCAAUUGCAAAUGAAACGACGUAAAAGUAGUGUCUGAAGUCCAUCGUGACUGAAUUUAGCGCGUGCUUCAGAAGGAGAAAGGGACGUGGUUGGUUGCAAGAGACACCAAGGAACCGUUUAUCUUGGUGGAGUCUGCAACUGUUCCGUUGUUGAAAAGCUCUGUUCUGUGACCAAACGCCGUUAUUUAAUUUGGAUUGUUGUCAAAUUGCUGCAGAAUGCUCCUAUAAGCUAUAUUGGGGUGUUUAAGUUGGAUGUAAGAACUUUUUGUAAUAGUAGUUAAUGUGUAUGAAAAGUGUUAUUCCCGUGCGGUACUGGUUACAAUAUAGUGUUUUGUUUAACGGAUCAUUGUCCGAUUUUCUUGGAAGCUGCUAAAUAAGUGUGUUUUGUUGGGUCGCUUAGAACAAAAAAUCGAGAGCAUCAAUGGGUACUAGAAGAUAUAACCUUCUCUAUUUAUCUGUGUUCCUUAUCCCUUGGAUCGGAGUUUACUGCAUGGUACCUGAUGUCAGACCAGUGGAUGAUCGUAUAGUGCAUCCGGAUCUAGAUGUAGACCCAGCUGAGCACAUACCGGAAGCUCCCGUCCGUAGGAACUAUAGCUCAGUAAACGUUCAUCAUGUAGUGUACGGUGGUAUCAGUCCCGCUGACUUGACGCUGGACGAACGAAUCGAACUGGAGAAAUACAUCUGGCACUGGUACCCGUACCGACGAAUAAACUACGAAGUGCUGGAAGAUGGCAGCAGAGUAGAACUGUCCUGUGAUGAAGGAUCAGCAAUUGACGAGCUGCCGGAUGACAUUUUUACUCAGGAACAGCGGCUGCAGGGAGCUAUAAUUCUUCACUUUAUCGGUGCUAUUUACUUCUUCACCAUCUUGGCGUAUAUCGUAAGCGAGUACUUUCUACCGUCGGUGGAAUGUAUCUGUGAAGACCUUAAGCUAACCCAGGAUGUUGCCGCGGCAACCUUUAUGGCCAUAGCCGGAAGUAUUCCCGAGUUCUUCACUAACACGAUCAGCACAUUUAUCGCUGACUCCGACAUGGGUCUAGGUACCGUGUUAGGAUCGCUUCUGUUUAAUACGUUAGGAGUCGCUGCUUUGGCUGGAUUGGCUACUAGGAAGCCCGUCCAGCUCGAUUGGUGGCCUUUGACUCGGGAUUCCAUCGUUUUCAGCAUUCACGUGGGCCUUCUAAUUGCUUUCGCCUGGGACGGUCGGAUCUAUUGGUACGAGGCUAUGGUAUUUGUCAUUCUGUUGGCCGUCUAUUUCCUGAUCAUGUUCCAGAAUAGAAGAAUUAUGAACUUUGCUAAAAAGUACAUCGAAGUAAAGUGGAAUUUGUGUGCACGUGUUGUUCGGGAAAUUGAAGCAACUGAAAAGGCAGAAGCGGAAGCAGCAGCACAAGCGGAAAAAGAAGGUAGCGGUGUGAAAUCGAUAACCACUACGCCGCGUAGGACUUUGGAAAAGCCGGGCACUCGCAUGUCCACUGCGUCGAUUCUUUCGGACCAAAUGGCUGAAACUCCUCUGAAAGCGGGAGAAUUGCAUAUACCAUCUCGACACGUGAUUCCCGAAUCGGAGGAAUAUCCGAACAUGACAUUGUGGAAAGUUUCCAAAGAAACUUGGCUGCGUGGUUUCUGGUGGUUUUACAGCUGGCCAAUACGUUUAGUAUUGACUUUUAUGAUACCGAAUCCAGCAACCAUGCGUCGUUGGUACCCUCUAACGUUUGUUAUGUGCAUCAUUCUUAUCGGGUGCUGCUCUUUCUUUACAUUUUGGAUGAUGUCAAUCAUCGGUUACACCUUGGGAAUACCUGACACGGUAAUGGGAUUAACCUUUUUGGCCUUUGGUGGCUGCAUGCCAGAAGCCAUUUCGGCGGUUAUUGUCAUUAGAACUGGCAGCGGUGCUAUGGGAGUAUCAAACGCUAUGGGGGCAAACUCGUUGGCGAUCCUGUUUUCGCUAGGCUUGCCAUGGUUCAUCCGUACGGUGGUCGACGGAGCUAGUACUACGAACGCAUACUACGUGAUCGCCUCCUACGGUAUGCAAUAUUCGAUCAUCUCGCUACUAUUCGCAAUUGCUUUUCUCUACGUUGUCAUUUAUGUGGCGAAAUUUAAAUUGCGGAAGCGCGUUGGUCUGGCCUUGUUCUUCGGGUACGGCAUAUUGGUCACCUUUAUGUUGCUAAACGAAUUGGACAUCUUCUUCCCAUCGGGUGACGAAUGCUGACAGAAGAUGCUGGUUCAUACUUGAAUCGAAUAGAAAUAUGCUAUAGAGUGCAGGUUUUCGCUUUAUUGUUUUGCCACUAGCAAAGCAGUGGCAGUUGUUAAGAAUAAAAAAGAUACUCGACCGCCGAAUAUUCUUAGAUUAGUGAUCAAAUGUUAUCUAAAUGAAUUACCCCUAUGUUGCAACCGGUAGUAUGACGAUGUGAUAUUUUUACAAUGAACAAAUUGAUAUUAUGUUGCUGGAAACAUAUGAAGCGUUUGUUGUAUUCACUCCUUCCGUAGGUCUCUGUUAGAUUUAAACAAUUUAUUUAUAUUAUGAUACUUAUUUCGCGAAAUCAUUUAUUUAUAUGCUCUACAGAUAAAAUCAAUUUAGGGGCUGCAAAUAAAUGUAGAAAAGUUACCGACGA